UUUCCUGCUCGCUCUCCCAGAUUUUUACGCGCGAGCAAGUAAACACGGACAUGAAGGAAAACCCGAAAUGUCUUUUUUUUGUUUUUUUUCUUGUUUUUUUUUGUUUGUUUCAGGCGCUGCCAUAAAAGAUGAGGCUGCAUGAGAGCCGAACCGGAUCCUUUCAGGCUCCUGUCACCGUCCAUAAUUGUCCGGGCAACCAGGUGUAUGUGUUUCAAAAUGGCCGCUCCGAUUCAGAGGAGUCCUCGGAGGAAGAGCUGAAUGUCACGGAGCUGCGACCCAGGGGCAAAGAGCAGCGGCGGCGCGGCGCUUCCCAGGGCAACGUGGGAGACGUGGUGCUGCUGGAGCGGGAGGUCACGCAGGACGACAGUCUUAACAAGCUGGCCCUGCAGUAUGGUUGUAAGGUCGCAGAUAUCAAACGCGUCAACAACUUCAUCAGGGAGCAGGACUUGUAUGCGUUGAAGUCCAUCAAGAUCCCCGUGAAGACCCACGGGCUGUUAACAGAAAAUGGCCAAGAAUUAAGGCCUCUCCAGACUGCACGCUGCCAGGCUGGCCUAACACUUGUGGACAUACUGGAGUCUGAUGACAGUGCUGCAGCCAGCAACUGUACUGAAAGCAGAUACCUGAAUGACUACUUUAAGGGAAUUGACAAGAGUAUUCAGGAUGCAGUACAGGCAGAAGUCCAGAUAAACGCAGAGUAUUGCACAGAGGCACUGGAGAGGCCUUUGCUCGAGUCGGAGAAGCAGGAGACCAGUAAUGGUGCGGACUGUGGAAUCCAGUGGUGGAAUGCAGUUUUUAUUAUGCUUCUGAUAGGAAUUGUCCUGCCAGUAUUUUAUAUCACCUACUUUAAAACACAAGAGAGUGGUGCAACAGCCCAUACCUCCAGCACAACACUAACCUCAACUAUUUCAGCAGAUAGAUUAGAAGGGAAAUUACCACAAAACUUAGUUGUAAAAGAAAUUCCCAAGGAGGGGAUCAAGCUAAAUAGAGCCUCCCCUCCCAGCACUGAAGUCCAUAAACGAGUGACACUGACUGUAGUGGAGUCAGGGGGAUAGCAGUGCAGUGGAUUUGACUUUCUUUUUUUUUUUUUAAGUAGAUGGUGUAAUCUUGAACUCGACUGAACCUGAGGUGAUGUGACUUUAUGGAAGAAUAAGGAUGCUUUUGUUGCUUACAAAGAUCAACAGAGAACUGGCUUUACAUUCAUGAACUCUUGUCAAGGGAAAGUAUUUUGCAGCAGUUUAUUCUCCUGUUUGCUUCAGGUAUUUCUUAAGAAUGGUCUUGCCUAAGAAUCUGAACCCUUUGCUGCUGUGGCAAAGAUUACAGUAUUUGUAUGACUGGAAAGUUACGGGCUGUGUGCAUUUUGAGAAAAUACUUUUUGCAUAAAGCAAAAGCAGGGACUUUCUCUUCUCUGAAUUGAUAUUUUUAUCUUUUGUAGACCGUGGCAGUCUUGGCAUACUUAACCUUAAAAAGGUGACUUGACUAGGUGCACCAUGCUACUAUUAAAACAGCACAAGGAAGCUGACAUCA